AGCGAGGGGGCGGGGCUCGCGCUGCUCAGCGUCGCAGAAGAAGAAGAAGAAGAGGGAGGAGGAAAGCGGAGAAAGCGGAGGGCGCGCGCGCAUCUUUCUCUCGUGACGCGGGCGCGCGCUCGCUCUCUCUCCCUCCCUUCCUCAGGUGCGGGUCUCGUGCGCUCCUGCUCUUUUUCUCCCGACGCUGACAAGAUGGGGCCUCAAGACGCCGCUUCCUCCUCCUCCUCUUCGCCUCCCCUUUUCCGGCCCCGGCUGCUGCUUUUCGCCUUCUUGGCCCUUGGAACCGUCUGCGAGGCGUCCUCCGUCAGAGCCAGGAAGCCCAAUGUGGUCCUCAUCCUCACCGACGACCAGGACACCCAGCUGGGAGGAAUGACACCACUGAAAAAGACCAAUGCCCUCAUUGCAGAGAUGGGGAUGACAUUCUCAAAUGCAUAUGUGCCCAGUGCAUUAUGCUGUCCGAGUAGAGCCAGCAUCUUGACAGGGAAGUAUCCACAUAAUCACCAUGUUGUCAAUAACACUUUGGAGGGAAACUGCAGCAGCAAAUCCUGGCAGAAGAUUCAGGAACCAUAUACCUUUCCAGCUAUUUUGAAGUCUGUAUGUGGCUAUCAGACAUUCUUUGCUGGGAAGUAUUUAAAUGAGUAUGGAGCAGAAGAUGCAGGAGGAAUUGGCCAUGUUCCUCCUGGAUGGAGUUUUUGGUAUGCCUUGGAAAAAAAUUCAAAGUAUUACAAUUACACACUUUCAGUAAAUGGAAAGCCACGGAGGCAUGGUGAAAAUUACAGUGUUGAUUAUCUGACGGAUGUACUGGCCAACAUGUCAUUGGAUUUUCUUGAGUAUAAAUCCAACUUUGAACCAUUCUUUAUGAUGAUAGCAACUCCUGCACCUCACUCACCUUGGGUAGCUGCGCCCCAGUAUAAGAAGAACUUUGCAAAUGUCAGUGCUCCAAGAAACAGUAAUUUUAAUAUCCAUGGGAAGGACAAACAUUGGCUCAUCAGACAAGCAAAGACUCCAAUGACAAACUCAUCAAUACAAUUCCUAGAUGAUGCUUUUAGGAAAAGAUGGCAGACGCUCCUUUCAGUGGAUGAUCUGAUAGAAAAACUUCUGAAGAGGCUGGAAUUUCAUGGCGAAUUGGAUAAUACUUACAUUUUUUACACAUCAGAUAAUGGUUUUCAUACAGGUCAGUUUUCUUUGCCUAUUGACAAGCGACAGUUGUAUGAGUUUGACAUUAAAGUUCCAUUGCUGGUUCGAGGACCAGGAGUCAAAUCCAACCAGACAAACAAGAUGCUUGUGGCAAACAUUGAUUUGGGCCCCACUAUAUUAGAUAUUGCAGGCUAUGAUCUGAAUAAAACACAAAUGGAUGGCAUGUCAUUAUUGCCAUUAUUGAGAGGAGAUGCAAAUGUGACCUGGAGAUCAGAUGUUUUAGUGGAGUAUCAAGGAGAGGGACAUAACAGCACUGAUCCUACCUGUCCUGCUCUUGGCCCUGGUGUCACUCAUUGUUUUCCAGAUUGUGUUUGUGAAGAUGCAUAUAACAACACGUAUGCAUGUGUAAGGACACUAUCAUCUUCAUGGGAUUUGCAGUACUGUGAAUUUGAUGAUCGUGAGGUGUUCGUUGAGGUUUAUAACCUGACUGCAGAUCCACAUCAGAUUACCAAUAUUGCAAAAACAAUAGAUCAAGAAAUCUUAGAAAAGAUGAACUAUCGACUAAUGAUGUUGCAGUCCUGUUCUGGAACAACAUGCCGAACUCCAGGAGUCUUUGAUUACGGGUACAAAUUCAACCCACACCUGAUGUUCAGCAACCAUGGAAUUCAGACGCGCAGACUUUUUACCCGCUCAUUAUAGUUCUAACCUACUUGCUACAUGUGUCUGUUCUUUCAAAGUGACUGCAGAAGAUCUGCCUAAUCCACUCUGACUACAUCUGAAAGACUUGAUCAGCUGGCUAUGGGAGAAAAUAACCUCUCAAGCUGGUUGCCACCUUGUGCAAUACAUGUUUAUUAAAGACAUGGUCAGUCUAGUCCACCCAAAUCUGAUUACCACGUUAGUCUCAAAAAGUUUCACCCUGACAUGCAGUAUUAAUUUUUGACACGCAUCGAAUUUCCCCGCUUGAUGUAAAUGAAAGACCGAGGCUUAGCUUCUUAAGAGCUUACUCCAUGGAGAGGUGGUCGUAUGCUGGACCAGCUAUCUAGGCAGAGGCUACAGGCGGCCUUCUCCUAGUUACAGCCAGUACCUAAUAAGCUUUUAAGAGGAUUGGUUGCAUUUGUAUUCUGAAUCUAGUAUAAUUAAGUUAACCAGGGAGGUUGUCAUUCAUUUUCUUCUCAGCUUUUCAGGGCUCAGCUGGAAUUGCUGAUUAGAACUUGUGUGCCUGUUACUGUCAGAUGUUACAUUGGCCUGUUAUGUAUACAAUCAGCUCUGGCAUUCACUUCAGAACCAAGUCAACCCCUAAAGGAGCAUUUCCCCCCAAGAUGAAUGGCACAUUAGCAUCCAUCAUAUUUUUCUACAUUGUAUAGAAACUAACAGUUUUAAGUGUUACAGUUUAAUUGAACAGUUUGCAUUUUCAAAAGGAAAGUAAUAGCUAACAUCCUAAUGUUGUCUAUAUUCCAGGAAUGAGGUUCUACUGCCUCAUGUGAGAAGGUUGGUUGAGGAUUGUUUUAAAAAGAAAAGCGAACAGGUCUCAGUUUGCAUGAGGGAACUCUUGCAUCUUGAGAAUAUGGGAAAUCAUUUCUUUGGUACUGACUUGAAAAAACAGUUCAUUCCUUUCCAUUCUUGAGUAUCAUAUGCCUGUUUAUGAAUGUGGUAUUAGCAUUGCAUGGAUGUUUAGAAAUUAUCAGCAUUUUAAAAUCAGUAUCCAGAAAAGUUGUUUAAUUAUAAUACUUCUUGAUAGAAAUGUAUUUGGAUGCCAGGCCAAUGUCACUUGUGUGGUGUCUGUGUACUAGUAGUGCACAACCAGUAUAGAAGCUAUUCUGCAGGUUGGGGACCAUUUAUUUUGUAUACAUAUAAGCUGAUUUAUCAUUUAAGCAGAAUAUACACACAAGUAAGGAUAUCUGAGAACUCUUUCCUAAUACAGUUUUUUUUAACAGUUGUAGGCACUUAAUGUGAGUCCAAAGAAGGAAGUAUUAAUUGACUUUAUUUCCAGAAUGUUCUAAUAAUGCGCGCUGUGCCUGUGAACUCGAGAAGGAAAGCUGAGGAUAUAUCAGUUGUGUGGGUUUCAACAGUCAGGCGAGAAACAAACUUUAGUUUUCAGUUGGUCAUAGGCUGCUGUUUCAAGCCAAUUUAUAUAUUUCGGCAUGUUUGGCCGAUCUCAUUUGACUGCACCGUUUGAGUAUACGUAUAAGGCAUUAUUUGUAGGAAUGUGCUCACUGUGAACACUGCCUUGCAGCCUGGAUUUCUUUCUGCUAUAUAAGACUUUCCAUAUACAGAGGCAUUUUAAGACAGAUACAAUAUUGUGGUAACUGAUUCCCCAUUCAUAAUUUUGAGGUGAAGUUCCAUGGGAAAGCUAAACUGCUCACACCCUUAUAUGUUUGUAUUGGAUUCUAGGGACGCUUUUCAAAAUAUGUCUAUCUAGAUAUACAAAGUAAUUACAUCAGAAGUUGCAUGCAUUUCAAGGCGGUUUUUUCAUUCAGAAUACCUGCAAAGUUUAUGUUAUCUGACUGAUCUAAACAUUGAAAGGGGAUUAUGGAAUAUACAUGCAGCUUCCUUGUCUAAUGUUCAUGUACUCAGAUAAACGUACCAGAGUGUACAAUUUGAGGGGAAAUGACUGUGCAAAAAGAUGAGUGUCAGAAGAAUUCCUCUUGAGCAAAUAUCAGUUUGGGCAUUCACAAAUAAUGUGAAAGUUUCUUCAGAAGAAGAGCAAGAAAUUGGAAGGCUAGUUAUAUGUUUCUUGGAAGAUAAUAACCACUAGUUGCUUAAACAAACUUAUGAAUUUUUUUACUCGUGACUCAGAAGGAAGUAAUUGCUAUUGUUGCUGUGUAACAUUGACUAGGAUUAUUGGAAGUCAGAUUGAAAAUUUACAGAAGGUGUAAGACUAUUUUUCCUCUCAGGAGACAGUCAGUAGGACCAGGGAAGUGACAUGAGAUGGCGGGGAUGUGUGGUUUAAGAUUUGUGUACAAAAUUAAAUGCUUGAACAGGGCCUUACAGUGAACUCUGAUCCUGUGCAUGAAAGCACGGAAUCCGCAGUCCCCUAUUGAUAAACAUCUUCGCUAGUUUUAUUCUUUUAUUCAGAUUUCUCAAACUUUCAUUUUGUAUUACAACUGCAUUCCUUCUGGUUUACUGUUUACCCAAAUAAUUCAUGUUCUUAUAAACUAAAAAUGCAUGUCAGUUCUACUACUCAUAGCUAACUGAGUGUUUUUGGGAAGGGGAUUGAUCUAGUUUUCAGGAAAAGGUGUUAUUUUUUCUCUUCCUCCAUGUUUGAAUCUUCCACGGUAACUGCAAAUAUGACCCUGAAUAGUUUGGUAAGCCUAAGUAAUGAGUGAUCCAGCUUCUGAUUAUAGAUACAAGUGAUCCCCCCCCCCCCAAAUGUCAAUAAUAUGCUGUGUAUGGGUAGACUCAGAGAAGCAUUUAAAGUUAACAAACAAUGCUCCGUGUCUUGUUUAAAAACAUCCAUCCUAUAGAAAGUAAUCAUACAAGUCAGUGUAAAAGCCUACUAACAGGUAUUUACUCCCACUGUUGAAUUUUUCCAUAUCUGAUCUAGUUUCUCUUAAAUCAGUGGUUCUCAACCUGUGAGUCUCCAGGUGUUUUGGUCUUCAACUCCCUGAAAUCCCAGCCAGUUUAUCAGCUGUUAGGAUUUCUGGGAGUUGAAGACCAAAACAUCUGGAGACUCACUGGUUGAGAACCACUGUCUAAAAUAUUACGACAGCUGAAAUUCACCAAUUCAUUUCUCACAAAUACCCAAUGCACUUAUGAACAAGGCAAUGUUCAGUUCAGGGAAAGUCUAGAAUUUGUAAGAUGGAACUGAAGAUUGCUCCGAAAUACAUGUCACGCUUUUCCAUUUUGGUCUUUAAAAGAUUUCUUACAUUUUAAAUCCAAUUAACUUGUAUCUUAAAAUGGGUUGGUAAAAAAAACUUUUAAAUAUUGUUUCCAGAGAGAAAGACAAAUGGAUUUGGGUUUCAUACCCCAAUGAGACCCAUCUCCAAUCCUUGCUGCUGAAAACUUAAAAUACAAUGGUCCUAAUCACUUUUUUGCAGAAACGAAGAUUACAAAUGGUCCUAUCUUAUGUGCUCUAGUGGGCAAGAUCUUUCAUAUCAUUGCACUUUACCACAAAAGAGCUAUCCAGUUGUUGGAUACCAACAGAGGCCUUACAGAGUAUUAGUCUUAAAGAAAACGUAGUUAUAUUCACACUUACAUUUUACACAAAGACCUGCUUGACAGUAACAUGGCAACAAAUCACGCCAUGUCAAAAUGGAUAGGAAUUAAAGUGUGUGACAGGCAGGUGUGCACACAACUGCUCUCCACAAUGGAGCAGCUGUAAUGUAACAGAAGUAGCCCUGAGUUGACUUCAGUUCUAAAUGCGAUCUUGUUAUCUGUUUGGUUUUGUCUUGUUGUUUUGAUAACCAGUAAGUAAGUUUUAUUAAUUAAAGUGAAACAAUAUGUCUUAGCGAGCGAUUUUUUAGGGGCAAGUGAUGCUUAAAGAAUGCUUCCCUAGACUACAUUAACAUAAGAUGUGUAUCCUGUUUUUUAAAAAGCCCUUUCAAUUGGUCAAAAUGCAAAUUCUUUAUAAAAAAAAAAAUCAUCCUGAAAGUCUACCUAUUUGAUGACGCACAGAGGAAUAGACAGCUGUUGCACCUAUUUGGUUUUUUAAUGCUUGUGAUAGGCAGCUUUCAUUGGUAUUUGCUUUUUCCUCUUUACUGUACAACAGAAAAGGUAAUAUCUAGAAUAAGUAUUGUUCCAACGCUGUCGGCAGAUGAAAUUGGUCAGUCAUCUUCAUCAGUAACUGUAUUUCUAUUCCUGAUGUGUUCACUCAAUGCAGUAUGACAAACUGUUCACAUCUGUUUUCUAACUCAUGAAUCAUAGUGUUUUGUUUAGGAAGUGCCCUUUGAAGAACCCUGUAUUAUUGCUGCACUUUUCAGUGAUUAAAAUUCUGUCUACAAGAAA